UUCGUGCACUGUACAACCGCAAACAAAUAGAAAACUCCUGCGCUUCGCUCUCCAAGCUGCAAGAACCGAUUCUUGAACAUGGAUUACUUGAAAACUGUGGUACCUUCACAGCUAGUCGCCGAACGAGGCUCCAGACUCGUCGUUAUCAACCCUGGUUCUGCAAAUAUCAGAAUUGGUCUCGCUCAGCAGGACACGCCGUUUAACAUUCCUCACUGCAUUGCUAGAUAUACCGAUCAAGUGCCUAGAAUAAAUGUUAUAGAUCAGAUGAUUAGUUCUCAGGUUACGACGGCACAGCAUGUGGAGCGUGAGAAAGCUUAUGAUAUUAUUGCCUCGUUGUUGAAGAUACCUUUUCUAGAUGAAGAGGUUGGAAACAAUUCUUUCCCGCGCAAGAUGGGACGUGUUGAUGGGUAUUAUCCACAAAGUGGCAAGAACAACGCAGCACUCACAUGGACUGACAUAUAUGAGAUGGAUACUAAUUCCUCUCUCCCAUUUGACAGUUUGGCAAAUAAAGAUUGCGUAGGUGAGGUAUCGGACCAUCAUAAAGGUGCUGAUGUUAAGGAGCUUAGUUCAAGUGAACGUAAAUUCAGAAAGUUCAUUUUUGGUGAGGACGCACUAAAAAUAUCCCCCACAGAGCCAUAUUGCUUACACCGUCCUAUUCGGCGAGGUCACUUCAAUAUUUCACAACAUUACCCUAUGCAGCAGGUACUUGAGGAUCUGCUUGUCAUAUGGGACUGGAUUUUGGUUGAUAAACUGCACAUUCCUCACAGCGAAAGAAGCAUGUAUUCUGCAAUUCUUGUGUUGCCGGAGGCGUUUGAUAAUCGCGAAAUUAAGGAAAUCUUGUCUUUGGUGCUACGGGACUUGCGAUUUAGCUCAGCAGUGGUCCACCAAGAAGGUCUCGCUGCAGUUUUCGGGAAUGGAUUAUCAACAGCAUGUAUCGUAAAUAUAGGUGCACAGGUGACAUCUGUCAUUUGCAUUGAGGAUGGAGUGGCUCUUCCAAAUACAGAAAAGACUUUAUGCUUUGGUGGAGAGGACAUAUCAAGAUGCCUUCUCUGGACUCAGAGGCAUCAUCAGACAUGGCCUCAAAUUCGCACUGACAUAUUCCUGAAGCCUAUAGAUCUAUUGAUGCUUAACCGGCUAAAAGAAUCUCAUUGCGUGAUAAAGGAAGGGGAGCUUCAUGCUGUUGCUGUUGUUCAUUCUUACGAGGACGGCAUGCCAGCUGGAUCUCAUAAGACAAAGCUGACUGCUCUUAAUGUCCCUCCUAUGGGUCUGUUCUACCCAAUGCUUUUGGUUCCAGAUGUUUUUCCUCCUCCACCUCGCUCUUGGUUUCAUGAUUACGAGGAUAUGCUGGAAGAUACAUGGAAUAUGGAAUACCCAAGAAGACCUGAUAUGUCAGAUGGCUUAUAUCCUGGUUCUAAUGCCAGUUUACCACUGUGGGAAAGUUAUCCAGUUUUUCCUUCUAAACCAAAAAAAGAAGAGAAAGUUGGCCUUGCAGAAGCCAUAACUACUAGUAUACUUUCGACAGGUCGUAUUGACCUCCAGAGAAAGUUGUUUUGUAGCAUACAAUUGAUUGGUGGAGUGGCUUUGACAGGCGGCCUUAUUCCUGCUGUGGAAGAGAGAGUUCUACACACAAUCCCUUCUAAUGUAGCAAUUGAUACUGUGGAGGUUUUGCAACCCAGAACAAAUACGUCCUAUGUUUCUUGGAAAGGUGGCGCGAUCCUUGGAAUUCUUGAUAUUGGUCGGGAUGCUUGGAUUCAUAGAGAGGAUUGGAUUCAGCAAGGAAUUCAUGUUGGGACUGGAAGAAAAUACAAGGACUCUCAUUAUCUUCAAGGACAAGCAAUGUGUUAUAUAAAUUCUUAAGGUCCUUUUGUGGAAACUAACCCAUAUGGGUUCUGCUGGGUUUUGUUCUCUUCACAACAUAGAUUUGGAGCUGAAGUCUCUAACAUGAGAUUGAACGUCGGAACUUGUUAGCGUUUUUUGUAAAUUUUAAUUGAGUACCUAAGGAAUGGAUUUUGAGCUGAAGUCCAACAUUGGAUCUUAGUUAAGUAUCGUCGCCUCUUUAUUGAAGAUUGUACUUUGGCGGAUAACCUUUACCCUGUUAUUCUUCAUCACGAAAAUUUUCUUCCAUAGAAGGUAUAUUUCAAAGGUGUUACAAGAUCCCACAUCGUAAAUAAGAAGAAAUGGAAUGAAAGAGUUUCAUAUAUUAACGGCGUGAUACCUACGGCGGGAGAUUAAAAGGGCCGGUUGGCUAAAUAUGCCACGCUUACCCUUGUCGGUAAGUGCUGUAUGGCUAUCAAGACAUAUGGCCGGCAUAAUUUAUGGAACCUAAAUAGGGUUGGCUCGCUUGGCCGACCCUC